GGCUCAAAUUUGGCAGUUGCCGGUUAAACGUGCAUGCAUGAAAGAGCUUGUUGUGGAGGACAAUUGUAGAGCUUGAACUUAGCCGAGCAGCGGGUUUUAGGUAUAGACUGGCCCUUGAGUAUGGGUGGGAGAAGUUCAUUUUUGAGUAGAGUUCCUGCUUUUAUCGGUUUCACCGUUUCCGGAUGUUGUGCCAAUGUUUACACGUUUGAAAAGCUUAUCCAGCAAAACUCGGAAAUCACGACCUUCAUCACUUUUAGCCAGUAUCUAUUUAUAUUUAUCUGUGCAUCUCUCUAUCUGAGGUAUACUUCGUUUUGGACGAAAAAGAAAGAGGCAGAGGAGCUCGCAGCAAGAAAAGGGAAAAGCGCCAAUCCAAGCUCCGGACUCAGUUAUGAAUUUGUUGUUCCGGUCCUAUCCCAGGUGCUCACAGGGUACUUGGGGAACCUUGUGUUCCAGUUUGAUCUAUCCAUGCCUUCACACAUCAUAUUCCGGUCCUCUGGAACUGCGAUGACCCUACUCCUGGGGUGGGCGUUUUGGGGCAAACGCUACGGAAUUGAAAAGAUCGUCGGCUCCAGUCUCAUUGCCGUUGGGACGAUUAUCUUCACGCUCGACGUGAAAAGCGUGUCCGACGGGGAGACGGCUGCCGAUGCCGGAGCUGGCGGGUCAACACGUGUGAUAGGGAUUGUGAUCUUGCUGGCUACAACGGUGAUCAGUUCUUUGACCUCGCUGUUCAAGGAGCAGUGGUACCAGCACGGCAGCAAGAAGCUGGAGUGGAGGGAGGUGCUAUACUACAACUACCUCUACGGCACGGUUAUCUACGUGCUGCUGAUUCCUCAGGUGGUGAGUGAGUUCCACAAGCUGCAGCUGCAGCUGGCGGCGGGUGCCGGUGCACCCGAAACCCCAGGCACCAGUUUCACGCUGGUGACGUUUGUGCUGAAUUGGAUCACACAAUUGUGUUGUAUUCUCGGAGUUAACGUGCUUAUAUUUCGCAUCAGCGCCUUGAGCUUGACUAUUGUGCUGCUUGUGCGCCGGUUCCUCUCGUUGAUGCUCAGCAUCUAUGUUUUCGAAAACCCGGUGAGUCUGCUGGGCCACGUCGGCGUGCUGUGUGUGUUUGCUGGCGCAACAAUCUACUCUUUUGGCAGCAAAAUUCGGCAAACGACCCGGGGAGGAGAAACGAGGGACGUCGGAGAGAAAAAAGACAAGAAACGGCGCUAGGCCGCAUU